AUGGUGAACUGGCCCACCUUCAGCAAGGUCUCGCCUGAGACUACUGCUACACCGGAGAUCGUUGCUCAGCCUCUGCCUGUCAAAGCCGAAAACGAAAAGGACAUUGGAGGCAUUCAUGCUGUACCUCGGAGUGUGACGGCUGGUAGCGACAGCGAUGAUGAGAUCGUUCACAAGGAUAUGCAAGCUGGUGUGCAGAAGGCGGAGGCCAUGGCUCAGGUCUGGACAAAAAAGUCGUUGUAUACGCUAUACGCUUUAGUGUGGUUGCUAUACUUCCUCGAUGCCAUGGAGAACGGAACAUACUGGCUUCUUACGCCCUAUGUCACCUCCGCCUUCCAAGCACACUCCCUCACGGCUGCUACAUCUAUCAUGGCAAGUCUUAUUGCAGGUAUCUUCAAGCUUCCUCUUGCAAAGAUUAUCGAUGUUUGGGGUCGGCCUCAAGGGUUCAUUCUUAUGGUGACGAUAAUGACUCUUGGAAUGGUCAUGAUGGCCCUGUGCCAGAAUGUCACUACUUACGCGGCUGCCGAAGUAUUCAAUCAGCUUGGUUCCUCGRGCCGUCAGUACAUCCUGGGUGUUCUCAUCGCCGAUACAUCUAGCUUGAAGAACAGAGGCCUGAUGUUUGCGUUCAUCUCCAGUCCGUACAUCGCGACGGUCUGGGUCACGGGCCCUCUUGCUCAAGCGUGGAUUGCCGGUCCCGGAUUUCGAUGGGCCUUUGGAGCCUGGGCAAUCAUACAUCCCCUGUCGUCGCUUCCUCUGUAUAUCCUCAUGCAGUGGAAUUACAAGAAAGCCGUCAAGCAAGGUCUGAUGCCCACGCAACGAAGUGGACGUACCUUGUUCCAAUCCUUCAAGCACUAUGCUAUUGAGUACGACCUUCUUGGAUUACUCCUUGUCUGCGCUGGAUUCGCUCUCUUCCUCCUGCCAUUCAGCAUCUACUCGUACCAAUCAAAGGGCUGGCAAUCACCAAUGAUCAUCUGCAUGAUUGUCUUUGGCAUUCUGUUCCUGAUAUCAUUCGUCCUGUGGGAAACUUUCGGAGCACCAAUCACUUUCAUGCCAUGGCAUUUGUUGAAGGACCGCACAGUUCUCGGAUGCAACAUCCUCUCCGCGGUUCUCUUCGUUGAGUUCUACAUUUGGAACUCCUACUUCUCCUCUUUCCUGCAGGUAGUUCCAGGCAUGAACCUGACUCAAACGGGCUACAUUUCGAACAUUUACAGCAUUGGGUCGUGCUUCCUCGCUAUCUUUUCCGGACUUUACCUUCGACAGACCGGAGACUUCAAGAAGCAGUCGCUGUUCUUUGGACUGCCUGCCGUGAUUCUCGGCGUCGGUCUGAUGAUACAUUAUCGACAGCCGGAUGUGGGCAUCGGACCUAUCAUUGCGUGUCAGAUCUUGAUAGCGUUCGGAGGUGGUUGUCUCGUCAUCACUCAACAGGUGGGCGCCAUGGCAGCGACGACGCAUCAGUACGUUGCUGUAGUAUUGGCCGUAGAGGGAAUGUUCAGCUCAGUAGGUGGGGCGAUAGGAGCUACAGYAGCAGCAGCGAUUUGGACGGGAAAAUUCUACCCAACUCUGCAACGGCUACUUCCCGCGGAGAGCCUCGAUCAAGCUGCUACGAUUUAUGGAGACCUGACAGUUCAGAUGUCCUAUCCGCGUGGAACGCCGACAAGAGAUGCCAUCAAUCAAGCGUACGGGGAGUCGCAGAUGAUUAUGUGUGUUGCGGCGACGGCGAUCCUGUCGCUUGCGGUUGCUGCUGUGUUCAUGUUUAGAGAUAUUGAUGUCAGGCAGAGGAAGCAGGUUAAGGGGCUCGUGUUCUAG